AAAGGGCAAGCCACGCAAUCAUCCAUAUACAGCUGUAGGCACACAUGUAGAUGUGCUUUGAUUGCUAGUCCAGUCAGAAAAGUCGAGCACGCGGUUGAAGGACAGGCAUCCAAGACACGAUGUCGUUCAAAGCGUAUGCAUUUACUUGAUCCGUGAUUUGCACUCACCCUGGACUCACCUUCGAGACGACUGCGGCUCCACUCAAGCCACAUUCGUGUUUCAGAUGUGCAUCACCACGAUGCCGUCAUCGAAUGCUGUCAGUAUAUGCUCAAGACUCAGCUAGGCAGCAGACUUUGAGGGUUGAGGGCUAUAUCAAGAAUGACUGCGCAAAGUGUCGCGCACAGACAGGAUGAGGUUCACAGUCACGAAUAAGAAGGCCGAGACGUUUCCGUACCUAAUAAAAAUUGCGGUAAUAUCACCAGUAUAGACAACUUGACCAGCAUCAUGCGGACAACACCCAGCCGCUGUCUUUGGGUUUCCGGUUCGGGAGGAAACUCUGGUCGAUCGCGAUAGCUAAUCUUGACUAGGGCAGUCAUUAAGUCUCCAAAGCGGUUUGGCUUUGGCGAUAGCGCGAUGCCGCCACGCGGGAAGAAAUUGGCGAAAGUCUCUUUUGUCCACACUCAAAUCAAGCAGCCCACAAUCAAGCUUUCUUCACAUCAAGCACGCAGUGCUGAUGUUUGUCAGCGGCAUUCUUGAUCCUGCUUGGAGGCCUAAACAGCUGCUGGUGCACGCAGACACGACCCAUGCAACAACAGCGCGAUCAAGAAUGAGCGAAGCCUCUACACCAGCUGGCAUUCGGAUUCACGACUGUAUCAAUUCGUCUCAGAUCAUGACUGGUGUCGUCCCGCUUUCGAAGAGAUCACAUUCAGCACCUACCAGCCCCGGGUUCGAUCGAGAGGAGACAAGCUCAAUCCUGAGUCAAGAAGCCACGAGUGUGAAUCGCUCGAUCACGAUUGACACAGCAUAUGCACCUCGACGGUGGCCGAAUCCCAGCAAGGGCACUUUGAGCUACUACUCAAUUCAACACGUAAAGUGGCAGAGAGUGCAUCCAUCAGCCGAGAAACAAGAAACUGAGCCGUGCUGUUGGCGUGGCUUAUUUGUCUGAGACCCGGCUUAGACUUCGUCGUAGCUGGCUUGCUGGCGCGGAUGCAUCACCCAAUUACGUCGUCUUGCUGCUGCUGAGCAGCUGUCUUCCACAGUAUUGCUGCUGCACGCACGGACCCAAAUCACUUGCACCGCCCGCCAUACAUGUCAUUAGCAGCAUCGAUGACAUUUGAAGGACAAACGCCGGGAAAAAAAAAAAGUCUUCAGCACACCAGCAGUCGAAGUCAUGGCCCAUUUAGAUACGAGUCAGGUAUGAGGUCAGAAUCGAGUCCAAUUCCUCGAUAUCUCUGCCUUGUCAGAUACCCACAGACGUACUAGACGUGUACGUAUCUAGCUGAUUGUGAGCAGACGUGAAAGCA